AUGUCGGCUUCUUCCGGUGCCGCGCCCGCGGCAUCAUCAAGCAAUCCUGCGAAAAAGGCGUUUCCCAGCGUAGAUAUCGAAGGCCACAAUCUUCCUCCAUCGCCGGCUCCUUCCAGUCCUCAUGCCCGAAAGCGCUAUGCAAUUGCUACAGAACUGGUGUAUACUGAAAGCGGUGACCAGUACAAUGCUAGUAGCGUCCCCAUCUACCAGAGCGCCACUUUCAAGCAGACAUCCGGUAGUGGAGGCGGAGAGUAUGAUUAUACUCGUUCCGGCAACCCGACUAGAACCCACCUUGAACGCCACUUAGCCAAGGUCAUGUCUGCUCAGCGUACAUUGGCUGUUUCCUCCGGCAUGGCAGCAAUGGAUGUCAUCACUCGAUUGCUUCGCCCUGGUGACGAAGUGGUGACCGGCGACGACCUUUAUGGCGGUACCCACCGUCUCCUUAAAUACCUGUCGACUAAUGGUGGUAUCAUUGUCCACCAUGUUGAUACGACUCAACCAGAAAAGGUCCGGGAGGUGCUGAGCGAGAAAACAGCCAUGGUGCUACUGGAGACGCCCACCAACCCACUCAUCAAGGUCGUCGAUAUACCCCAGAUUGCGUCCGCCGCACACGAAAUCAACCCUUCUUGCCUUGUGGCUGUCGACAACACAAUGAUGUCCAUAUUGCUCAAUCCUCUCGAAUUGGGCGCAGACAUUGUCUAUGAGAGUGGGACGAAGUACCUGUCGGGUCAUCACGAUCUCAUGGCCGGUGUGAUCGCUGUAAAUGACUUGGCUCUUGGCGAACGGUUGUUCUUCCCCAUCAAUGCCUCUGGCUGCGGGCUAUCACCUUUCGACUCUUGGCUAUUGAUGCGUGGAGUGAAGACCCUCAAGGUACGAAUGGACCAGCAGCAAGCCAACGCACAACGUAUCGCGGAGUUCCUCGAAUCCCACGGGUUCAAAGUUCGGUACCCUGGGCUGCAGUCGCACCCUCAAUAUGAUCUCCACCAUUCGAUGGCCCGUGGGGCUGGUGCUGUGCUGUCAUUUGAGACAGGGGAUGUGAGUGUGAGUGAGCGUAUUGUUGAGAGCGCCAAGCUGUGGGCUAUCAGCGUUAGCUUCGGCUGCGUGAAUAGUUUGAUCAGCAUGCCCUGUCGGAUGAGCCACGCUAGUAUCGAUGCGAAGACGCGCGAGGAGCGAGCCAUGCCGGAAGACCUGAUCCGGCUGUGCGUGGGAAUCGAAGAUGUAGAUGAUCUGAUCGAUGAUCUAACAAGGGCGACUAUGACUCGAAAUGUACUCUCUUCUGAUGGGGCUCUUCCCAUGCAAGCUGUCGCUGAGCGGCCAACAUCCACGUGGAAUACCAACCGCCUCGGUGCGCGAGUCGGCGUGGAUAUCGCCAGCGCUGCCACGGCUGGAGCUUUGACGUGCCCGGUAAUCACCGUUAUUGAUCGUGCUAUUAUCGAGAAGGCGGCCAAAGGCGUACCCAUUCGACAAACUAUCACAUCGGGUUUUCGGUCGAUGGCUACUCAUCCAGCGGGCUUCUUCCUCAGCACUCCCUUCCUCCUUAUAUAUACCCUUUACACAUCGACGUAUUUGACCGCCAAUGUCAUUGACACGGUCUCGUCCACUAUGCGCAAUCAACCAUACUCCGCCGUAUUUGCCGGCACGGCCAAGUUUCUCGCCACGACAACGGUAAACAUGGGAAUCUGCGUGUACAAGGAUGCCAAGUUCGCCCGGAUAUUUGGCGCUUCACCCAAGCCUACUUCAUCGCCCUCUUCGGCUCCUGCGCAGACAGCAUCUCCGCCAGCGUCUUGUCACCCAUCCGGCGCCGCCAAAGUACCUAAGAUCUCAUAUGGCCUCUUCUGUCUCCGUGAUAGUAUCACCAUCUUCGCAUCCUUCAACGUCCCUACCCUGAUAGCGCCGUCAAUCCCCGAUUACAUUGCAUCCACGCCCGGAAUGAAGGCAGCGAUCGCUCAAUUCUCCUGUCCGGCCCUCAUGCAAUUUGCCAGCACACCGAUGCACCUGCUCGGUUUGGAUUUGUAUAACCGGCAACCACCGGGAGGGUUAGGAUGGCGCGAGCGUGUAUCGCGUAUCCGACGGGACUAUGUCCCCAGCUGCUUUGCCCGGAUGGGGAAGAUCGUACCUGCAUACGGUGUAGGUGGAGUGGCUAACGUUCGGCUAAGAGCCACUAUGAUGCAAUUUCUGGAGCGGAGGGAAAGUUGA